AUGGCGGCCAGCCGCUACCAGCGGUUUGUUAAGCUGUGUGAGGAAUGGCCAGUGGACGAGAGCAAACGGGGCCGGGAGUUGGGCGCUUAUCUGCGGCAGCGGGUAGCGCAGGCCUUUCGGGAGGGAGAGAACACCCAGAGUGCAGAGCCUGAGGCCUGUGAUCAGAUGUACGAGAGCUUGGCACGGCUGCAAUCAAACUACUACAAACACAAGUACCCUCGCCCCAGAGACACAAGCUUCAGCGGCCUGUCCCUGGAAGAGUACAAGCUGAUCCUGUCCGCAGACACGUUGGAUGAGUUUAAGGAGAUGAAUAAAGGCAUGUGGAAGAAGCUGCAGGAGAAGUUUGCCCCCGGGAACCCCGAGGAAAAGCGCAAAGCCUGGGCUCGGGCCCUGUCGCGCCCGCGCACCUAA